AUGACGAGCACAGCAAGCUCUGUGUACAGGCUCGUCCAUGCCCGACAGACUGUGGAGGCAGCCAAAUUCACCACGCUGCUGAAGCAGGAGACGUUGACGUUUGAAGAAGUUGACUUCUCUCAGUGCAAUCUCACAUCGGACACCUUGAAAGUGGUGCUUGAAAUAUGCAAGCGAUGUCCAAAGUUGAAAGUACUCAAGCUUUUCAAAAACCAAUUAGACGAUUCAGGCGCAGAGGGCCUCGCCGAAAUGCUUGGCCGGAAACCUGCCAUAGAGGAGGUUCACCUGUCCCACAACCUUUUCACAGCUGCUGGGUGCAGAUGCCUGGUUGAAGCCUGCGAGAAGGUUCGUCCCGACAAAUGCCAGCCUCUCUGGCUGAGACUUGAACAAAACAACGUUGCGGAUCCAGAGACGGUCUGCGACGAAUUGGUGAGAGACUUUAGUGUGUGCAAGCGAUCCGACGAAGUCAGAUGCACUGUUCGGGUUUGCGUGAACAAAAAGAAGGUGCACAUUCCCUUCUUCCACUUGCAACGGACUGCUACAACCUUCGUCUCGAGAGCAGAGCGAGAAGCGCAGGCCAAGCAGGCAGCUGCUGCCAAAGCACGGCCUGUGCCAAUUGUCCGCACAAUCUCGGCGAAGUCGAAUGCAACGCCCAAGGCACCAAAGCCCUCUGCUUGGGGCGCUCAAGGCGCGCGGCCAGCACCAGCAGAGGAGGUUUCCCCGGAGACGCAAUCGGGGUACCCAUCGCUCGGCGACAAAAGUGGGCCAGUACCCACACCAGAAACAGAGGUUCCGAAGCUGGAGGAUGCAAAGACUCCAUCCUGGAAGGCUGGCUGUCGGACCUCCAUUGUUCUUGACGGCAUGGGGAAGCGGCGGACGAUGCCAGAACAGCUUGAAGUGGCAAAUGCCGCCUUCAUCUGUACCCUGUGCCGCUUCGUGAUGGUCAAGCCUGUCAUCACGCGAUGCUCGCACUUGUUCUGUGGUGACUGCUUCCACCAGUAUGCCCGGAAGCAGGUAGAGCUCCACAGAAGUCAGAAGACGCAGAUGGGGCCCGUUCCGCAGAUCAGAUGCCCCUUCCCUGAGUGUAAAGAUCUCCUCAAGAAGAGUGAUGUGGGACCCUUGACAGAUGGGGGUGCACUGCAGCGGCUGCGAAACAACUUGCGCAUUCGCUGCGUACAUCAUAAGGAGCAUUAUAAGUACGAGUUUGGGAAAGAUGCCGAGCGCCUGUUCGAGGAGCAAGGAAUGUGUUGUGAGUGGAGUGGCCCUCCUGGUGCUUAUGAGGAGCAUAUGGCCGGCGGCUGCCCCAUUGAGAAUUACCUCAAGUCACAAGAUGAGGCGAAAGCGAAGGCUGGUGACGAGGUGAAGGUUGCUGAUGAUGCAACUCUCAGUACCGACACCACAAACAACGAGAGUACAAGAUCCCAAUAUGAGGCUGAGCCGGAACCUGAAGACUCGGUCACAGUUCUGGAUGGAUCUGCUCCAGUACUGCAGGACUCCAAUAAGGUCGAUCUGACUGACGAGCGCGAGGUCCGUGUGGCCGUGUUCGACUACACACCGGCAGAAGGAGUUGAGGGCCAAAUCGCCAUUUGCAAGGGAGAUCUCCUGAAGGUCUUCAAGGUGACCGAAACUGGUUGGGCUGCGGGGGUGAAAACCUGCAGAGAGACCAAGGCGGACAUCGGGGAGGUGGGCUGGUUCCCGGCCGGCUACCUCGCUGAGGAGCUCGAGGAACACCUGUGA